ACCCAUGGAUGUCGAUCACUCCUGCCUUCAUACAUUGUGUAGCAAAUAUAUCAGGCGAAACAUAAUUCGACCGCUAGUGUCCGGGUCUUCACGCUACACCCACCUCUGUCCAUAUUUGGUAGAGUCGACACCCCCUCUGUCCAUAUUUGGUAGCGUCCAAGGACGUGACGUAUGUCUCAAACGCGGAAGAAGAAGUGAACGAUGCAGGAAUGACAGAGUGAGCGCGUGAACCGCGAUUUACAAUUUACAGGACCGCUAAUCACACUUUAAUGUGUUUAUUUGUGGUAUUUAAAGCCUGAACAGACAAGCGGGUUGGGAUAGGUGAUUCCUGGGCGGCACUAACGCAGCUUUGUGCGCGAGGCAGCGUUCCUCCGGUGUGCAGGUGUUACGGAUUUAGAAGCGACCGUGUUAACUGGAGACUUUGAACCAACGCGUCGGUUGGUGACGUAGUUACAGACAGCCGUUCAACAUAUGAAGAGAACACGUAGCUGCCCUCGUGAAUGUCAUAUUGUUUAAUUUGUAUACGAUAUAUUAUUAGUCUUUACAGCAUUCGACUAAGCGGCAUUCACGAGGACAGCUCGACCGGAAGUCGCCAGUUAACACGGUCGCUCGUUAAACCGUAACACCGGCUGUUAGUAAGUUAUUUUUUUUUAACUUUAAUAACUUCUGACUCGGUGGUCACAUUCACAUCCUGCUCGUGUUUCCAUCAGAAGAAGAAAAUAGCUAAUGACGAGCAGAAUAACAUGGAUUUCUCAAACCUGUUCUCGGGACUAUCUGCUGUCGCGGAAGGUGUGAAGAGCCCAGGUCAACCCGCCUUCACGCGCAGGAACGACACAGAGAAUGGUCAGAGAGGCAAUGCCAGAAAGAGGAACAUCCAGGUUGAGCAGACUGGCUCUUAUAAAAAGAAGCAGCGUUACGACUGCCAAACACCCAGAAGUUGUGACACACCAUCCUUCAGGGCAGAUGAGCCCGAUGCCGCGCACCCCCCCACGCACGACACUCACAUCACAAAUGCAAAGGCCGGCUUCGCCGAAGAAGAGAUGCACAAUCAAAAUUAUAAAGCUGGUCAGAAUUACACGGCUAAAAAUAAUCCUCACGUCAACAACAACAACAAGCAGCAGAAAAAGAAGCCGGAGGGGCAGAAAAAUCAUUAUCAACAGAAAGAUCGAUGGAAACCUGGCAAUAAUGGGGGACGCCAUCAGAUGCAACCGCCGUGGGGGAGAGGAGGAAGAUACAGAGGGAAUAGAAAUGACGAGCAGGACAUCCAAGAAACACAUAAACGGUGCAUGACCCAGGAGUUCAAGGACCAGAACGGCGUGUUGGUGGACGGACGCUUGAUCUGUCGACAUUUCCUUUGGGGAAGGUGCAUCAAGGAGGCCGACUGCCAGCUGGAGCAUGUGGAGGGACACAACGACCUCGUCAAAGAAGUGUGCAAGUUCUACGUUCAAGGAUUUUGCUCCAAGGGGGCGAGCUGCCCGUACAUGCACCAGUCCUUUCCCUGCAAGUUCUUCCACACUAAAGGACGAUGUCAUCACGGAGACGACUGCAAGUUUUCCCACCGGCCGCUCGAUGACGUCACGAAGCCACUGCUGCAGGAGACGUUAAAACGUUACGAAGACCUCUAUGAGCUUACAAAACAAAAAGCUGAACCGGAGCCGUCGGCGCCGCCAGAGAACGCGGACGAGUCUGAGGUUACAGAAGCGAGCGUGACUCCUGAGAUCCUCCUGCAGCCACUCAGGCCGAACUUUUACAACAGCGGAGGAGCGGACGCCGAGAAGGAAACCGAGUCACGUCAGACCGAAGAGCUGCCGGCGGACCCCCCACCUGCAUCCGACGCUGCCCAGCCGCCGAGGAGCCCGGCCCACGAGGAGCCGGUGUGCUAUUCGGUGGCCGCCGUGCUCGGACCUCAACUCUUCAAGCCGUUCCCUUCUUUCUUUACAACUCCACAAAGUCAAGAAUCUGCCAGUUCAGUCUCCGCAAACCCGAGCGAGGCUCCCUACUCGGUGGACGCCGUCCUCCGGUCUUGUAAAUCAGUGGAGACGGCGACCUUUAGACACACGCCUGCACGCACGGUGUCCUACACCCCGAGAACCGACUCUGAGGAGAUCACUGUUCCUGCGCCAAGCUCGGAAACACAAGAUGCAAAGCUCUCUCGUUCGGUGAAUCCCAGAAAGGAAGUGAACAAGUCCUUCCAGAGCCUAUCGUCCCUCCAGGUGCGCAGCAGUCUGCUUUCAAAGAACUGCCCCAGUCUUCCUCUUCUGGCCUCCAGGGAUAACAACAUGAAACCUGCCCAAAGAGCUUCUCCUAAAGUCACUGGAGUGGAUGAGUCUGUGUUAUCCAGAGGAGAAAUGAAAGGAUGCCUUCAGGUUCCUUUGGGUAUUACACCCUCCGACACCUGUGAGAGUGAAGGAGUUCUUCCUUUUGGACGCACUGGACCCCAAAGUGUUUUUUCAGGUCAGACAUCUUCCAAAACUUCUUCACACUUGAGGCUCCGCCUCCCUCCUCUCACGUCUGACUCGGAAGCUUCAAAAAAGCCUUUUUCUCCUAUUUUCGGUUUCUCAGACUUUAGAAGUGGAGCUGUUGAACCCGUCGCACGCCGCUCCUUUAAGACUUUGAGUGAUUCCGCAAACUCUGGACGACAACCGACUAAGAUCCACCCGCUCCCCAAACGGACUCGACCUGUCCUCCCCCGCGAGACACGCCCACCUCCUUCAACUGACGUCACAGCCGAGUGCCGCGGCAAAAGCGCCCUUAAAACACCGCUUCAGAGCCUUUUCGCGAGUCCCAUCGCUGACGCUCUGCAGCCCGGAGGCGGUUCUGUCCCACGGUGCUCUGCUCCUCCAGGCUUCACGCCAUCCUCCCGCCCUGCUCCGCCGCCUGCAGGCUGCGGGAGUGACCGGGUUCAGAGGGCAGGUCAACCCGUCGAAGCCCCGGCCGGGUCCUUCCUCGGCCUCUUCGCCGCCCCGCUCGGUGCCGCUCCUCCUCCCCGAAGCCUCCGGUCCCAACCGGGUGACUCGAGGACUUCCUCCUGCUCCUCUCACCGGUCUGCUGACGACGCAUCUCAUUCAUCAGACUCCAAACCGAGCACUUCUGACUCAGAGACGCCUCCUCAACGCCAGGUUACUGCCGCCGAAGAAAUAGACCGUGCGACAGGAUCCUCCCGUUUCUCUCCUCAUCCUCAAAUGGAAACUGAUGACGUGAAGAAGCCUUCGAAGCAGCUGCUGAAGAAGCCUCCGAAGCAGCUGCUGAAGAAGCCUCCGAAGCAUCUGCUGACUCCCUGCAGCCGCGGUCCUCCCAGUGAGACGUCUACCAGUCCAACCCCUGCAGCCCAGGCUCACCGGCAGCUCCCUGACAAAGAAGCCGACUCUGCACCUUCAGUCCUGAAGACGCUGUUCCUGAGCCUGGGCCCGUUCCACCAGGACGGAGAGCACCGGGCCGGCGUGCAGAUCACUGCAGACUCGAGACUGAAAGUCCAGCCGUCCCCUGAGAAGACGUCUGCACACCGGCCGUCUCCUCUGACUCCUCCCACCCGCCUCGAGGGAACAGCUGGGUCCUCCCUCAGCGGUCCAGGAACACCUGAGCUUCAGGUGAGAAACUCUGGAAUGUCCAUCACGCCGUCCAUCACGCCGUGCAUCACGCCGUGCAUUCCGGUGAAGCAGCAUCACACCCGCUCCAGACAGAAGCAGCCGGCCUCGGGGGUCCAGAGGGGAAACGAGGACGUAGCCGUCAAACCGCUGAAGGACCUUUUUCAAGUGUUCCACUUCGGACUUUAACGUUGGAUUACUUUCAUGUUAAAUCUUACAAAUUAUCUUUUUUAUUAAUUUUUGCCUGAAACCAUGUUAUUUAUUUUUACGUUUAUUUUUAACACUUAAUUAUUGUUAUAUCCAAAAUGUAAUAAUUAAACAAUAAAAUAUUUUAUGUGUAUUAUUACAUUUUGCUUUUAUAUACUAUUUGUGUUGGUGCUGCAAAAAUAAAUUGAUUUAAUUAAUUUUUCUUCUAAAGUUUGCAGUUGCGCAAUAAAUUGUAAGCACGCUCUUGUAUUUAUUUGCAA